UAAAGUUGUGUGACGUAAGAUGUGACGUAAUCGUUUCGCGACUAGUUUGACCGGGGCGACGCGGCGGCAAACAAACAAAGAAGAACAACAGCAGAGCAGAAGAAGCAGAAGUACGAAGCGUAAGUACGAAGAAGAAAGCAGAAAAAGAAAAACGCUUAUCAUGGAAGGAGCUGAGGCGGUUGCUGGGUUGCUGGUGUGUCUCUAUGUUUACAUGGCGGUGGAAGCUAUGAACGAGCGGAGAAGACGUCUUGAAGAGGAAUUCGACCGGGCUGAAAUGGCCAGAGAGGAAACGAGACAAUGAAUAAUCUGAAGAAUACACUUGUUGGAAGCUGCUGCAGCAGAAGAUGGACUUCGGCUGUGCAGACUCAGACAAAGGAUUCUUCUACAACGUGCGUGGCGUACUGCUCCCAUUGUUUGGACCCACAAGAGAAGUGAUGAGUGGUGGAAAGUGGUUGUGCCGACUUUCUCUGAUGAGCAGUGGGUGCAGAAUUUCUGCAUGUCGAAGGAAACGUUCACAUACUGUAUCUCUGUCAGCGGGUGCAACCGGCGAUGGAGAAGCAGGACACAAAUUAUCGCCUGUGUGUUCCCCUCCAACAAAGGGUUGCCAUUGCAGUAUGGAAGCUUGCAACAAACGCAGACUACAGGAGCAUCGCGCACCUGUUUGGGGUAAGCCGUUUGAUCGCCUGCAAGUGUUUGAAGGCAUUCUGUUCUGCAGUGGAGGAUAUCCUGCUGCCUGAAGCUAUCCAGUUUCCAAAUGCGGACGAACCUCAGGAAAUGGCUAACUACUUUGAAAACAGGUGGGGGCUGCCACACUGUGUGGGUGCCAUAGACGGUUCUCACAUUCCAAUCUUGGCACCUCAGGAGUACCACACUGAAUACUACAACAGGAAAGGUUGGUACUCUAUUGUCCUGCAGGCAGUGGUGGACGGGAAAGGACUUUUUGGGAAUGUGUUCGCUGGGUUGCCAGGCAGCAUGCAUGACGCCAGAGUUCUUCGCAGAUCUGGACUCUGGGAUAUGGCUGACGGGCUCUUCGGAGGACAACAUCGCGUGAUUGAGGGCCAUGACAUGAGCUACUACAUCUUGGGCGAUGCUGCGUAUCCCCAGACGAGCUGGCUCAUGAAACCUUUCAUGGACAAUGGCCGCCUAACUGAAGAGCAGACCAACUUCAACGUCAAGCUCAGCAGAGCUAGGGUGGUUGUGGAGAAUGCGUUUGGGCGACUGAAGGGAAGGUGGCGAUGUCUGCUCAAAGAAAUGACUGCAACUUAGACACUGUCAAGUCUGUUGUCAUCACAUGCUGUGUCCUCCAUAAUCUGUGUGACAGCCACGGUGAGGACUUUAGAGAGGAAUGGGCUGAACCUGUUCUCUUCAACCUGCCUGAUGCACCGGUGCAAGAUGGGGCUGAUACAGGUGUGGCAGCACGUGCUGCUCUUAUGGCUCACCUUAGAAACCGUUGAACAGUGUGACUAACUAAAAACAACUGUUGGUGUGUACCUCAAAUGUCUCUUAAAUCAGGCCAAAUGUAAUUACAUAAACACUUUUUAUGGCAAGAGUGUGGUAUAUAAGCAAAAUAAACAACAGAGAGUUUGUCUUUGCAGUAAUUGUUCCUGCAGCAUUUUAUUUUACAGUAUAAACACACCAAGCAAAAAGUGCAAGACAGUGUUAAAGGUUAGUGCAAAAAAAGUGAUUUUAAAUGGCAUGU